AUGGGUAACGACGGCGGUUCGAUCCCGACGCGCCGGGAGCUGGUAAAGAACGCCGCACGGCUCCCAACAAUAUCGGAGCUCAAGGCGACGGCGCUGGAGGCGCUGACGCACGCAUGGCAAAACGACCCUGUCAGUGGCGAUCCAAUCGAUCUUGACAAUGUCGUAUCCGACUGGCGCGGGCGGCUGUACAACUACGAGACGGUGCUGCACGGCCUGAUGCCGAGCGCCAGCAGCGACGACCAGGAACGCGACACUCCCAAGGAGUCCAGCGACGACAAUGAGACUGCGGCACGCGACCUGACGUUUGCCGACACGGGCAUCCGCUCCAUCCGCGACGUCGUGCGCCUCCACGGCAAGCCCUACAAGCCGGCAUCCUCCAAAUCUACAACCACUCGUUGGCAGUGUCCCGUAACGCUCAAGGAGCUCGGCCCCGGCAGCAAGGCCGUGUACGUCGUGCCCUGCGGCCACGUCUUUUCUGACCUGGCCAUCGAGACCAUCCUGCCGGACAAGCUGUGCCCCGAAUGCAGCACGGCCCUCGCGGCUGCCCACGUCGUGCCCAUUUUGCCCGCCGAGAAGGCUGAGCUGGCUAAGCUGCGGACGCGCAUGGACACGUUGCGAGCCGAGGGACUGACACACAGCCUCAAGAAGGACAAGAACGCGGGCAACGGUGGCAACAAAAAGAGCAAGAAGAACAAGCGGAAAGCGGGCGCUGAUGGAGAUGGAGAUGGUGAUGGUGACGACAAGUCCGGGAACAAGAAGAACGGCGCAAAUGAGGGGCACGACAAGGCAGAUGGUGCGCCUGCUCCCAAGAAGAACAAGAAGGACAAGGCUGCCAGUGCCGACUCCAACGGCAUUGCCAGCCGCAUUAACAAUUCGAUGACGGCCUCGCUGACGGCCAAGGUGCUUGCCGAGCAGGAAGCGCUCCAGCGACAGAGAAAGCUGGCCGAGUCAAGGUAG